UUUGACUGCUAGGUUUUAUGGGUAUUAUCAUACAUCCACUGUGGGGAUCUACUAGACAAACAAUGUUAGUCAUUGGAUGAAGACAUCUACUAUAGGGGUGAGUUUUGUUCGAGAUCCCUGACGCUCCUUAUGAAUAUUAACAUGUAUCGCUUGCAGUGCAGUUUUGGAAGCACCUUAUCUUACAUAUCAGCAUUAAAGAAAAUAAGGUUAAAUUGAUACACACCUUGAUAGGGUUAGUGUUUCAAAACAGCCAUAUCUCCAUGUUACAGUGCUUGUUUAUGGAAAACAGACGACCACCUGUGCUAAUUACUUAACUAGCUUGCUCUGAACACCUGUGUGUAAGCGUAACUUGGGAAGUGUAGUUUCCUUAGAUGGAGGCACCCAUAGUUGAAUGGGUCUGUGCAAAAACUGCUACAGUAAGGGUAUCUUUUUUAUUUUAAUGAUUAUUUCUCCGGAUGAAAGAUAUGGGCCAUAUGUUUCAAAAGCUGCAUCGCAAGCAAUGGUUAUUUAUGUUUCUAAACGUUAAAACACAGCGUGGGAUUGUAGUUCACAUGAGGCAGUCGUGGGCGACGCUAACAGCUGAGACCUGUAGCAAGAAAGCAGAAUGCCGCUUAGGGUUUUCAAGAACUACAGGGGCAUACAGAAAGAGAGUAUACAAGAGAGAGACUGUAAGUGAGUAUUGAAGAGGCUUUUUAGGUCCAAUCCCUCAGUAAUUGUCACAAGUAGUCAUCUGCAGAUGAUGUUCCUGAGAGCGUCCCUAGCAACCCAGUCACCCUCCGCUCAGUCAAUGGGUUCAGAGCAGCACAGAGUUUAGUUUAGCUAACCUGCCUACACAAAGCUGUCAGAGACUGGUAACACACACUCCCCUCACCAUGGCGAUACUGGGAAGGGAAAGUGUGUCAUCUCACCACCCCCAACCGUUCCCUCCGCCCCCUCUAUCACUCCACUCUCACUCCCUCUCUCCUCCCUCCACUCCACCUAGUUGCCCCCUCCUGCUUUAAUUCCUCCAAUCCUCUUUGUAGGACUGACGUCUGCUACAGUCACAAACAGAGCUAAGACAAGAGAGGAGAGUGGAGGAAAAAGAGUCUGGUAGUCUCAGAAACAAACUGCUCUCUGUCUCUCACACUUCCACUAGCUCAGCUCCCAGGGCUCUCCAGGACUCAGGGGGGGUGCUCUACCCUCACAGCAUCCUCUCCUCGCUCCUUGUUGGGGCUCACCUCACUGCCUGAGGCCGGGGAACAUCCAGGGGACAUCUAGGUGACACUCACUCAGCCUCACCCAGGACCUGGGACUUCAGCUCCAGCUCGGCUCUCUAAAAUCGGGUCCUCCUCAAAGGCCUUCUGAGCCUGCAACGUGACCCACCCUUCUUCUGUCUGACUGAGAGAGAGAGGGAACUGUCAUUCUAUCUCAGGCCUCAACUCCCAUGCACUGUAUCUGCAGAGAAGCUAGAAGACAGGAGAAUACCCUAAAGACAGAGACCGGAUGAUUUCAAUUUGUCCUACUGAUAUCGUCAUAAGAGAUAAGACACAGCAGUGUGUGUGUCUGUGUAUUUCUUAUAACGAGUGUGACACAGACCACUCUGUGUCAGCUGUGUGUUAGAGAAAGAACACACACUGGGGAAGACUUUUCUUGUGGCAUUUGAUGUGCAGAUGUGUGUGUGACAUGUCAGGUGUGUGACUCAUUGUAGUUGUCAGGCAUUGAAUGUGCAUUUGAGACGUGAGUGUGGCCUUAAGUGUGCGAGAGGCUUCGGUUUCCUCUAGAUUUCUCUGGGAUGGAGGGUCAAGGCUACGACCGGUUUGGUGAAGGUGAGCGUGACACCUACCAGAUCGACUACCGCCGUAUCGUUGGUGAUACCGAGCCCGCUAGGUCGCGUCUCUUGCCCCUCGAAGGGGAACACACACACCCCAACGCCAACACCCAUGGAGCCUACACACACACCAACCCUCACGGCCACGAGACAGCCGCGCAGAGGUACAGCGCCACACGCAUCCAAGCCGGAUAUGAACCUGAGAGCAUGGCUGACUAUCUGAUCAGUGGAGGGACAGGGUACGUGCCUGAAGAUGGACUCACGGCUCAGCAGCUCUUCUCUAUCGGGGAUGGACUCACAUACAAUGAUUUCCUGAUUCUUCCUGGUUUCAUAGACUUUAACUCUGAUGACGUGGACCUGACUUCAGCUCUGACCAGGAAGAUCACCCUGAAGACUCCUCUAAUCUCGUCUCCCAUGGAUACAGUCACUGAGUCCUCCAUGGCCAUCGCUAUGGCUCUCAUGGGCGGGAUCGGGAUCAUGCACCAUAACUGUACUCCAGAGUUCCAAGCCAACGAGGUCCGCUUGGUCAAGAAAUUUGAGCAGGGUUUCAUCACAGACCCGGUGGUAAUGAGUCCUCACCACACGGUGGGAGACGUGUUCGAAGCUAAGGUCCGCCACGGCUUCUCUGGCAUCCCCGUCACAGAGACAGGAAAGAUGGGAAGCAAGCUGGUGGGUAUCGUCACCUCCCGAGACAUCGACUUCCUUUCCGAGAAAGACCAUGACAAACCCCUGGAAGAGGCCAUGACAAAGAGGGAAGAUUUAGUGGUUGCACCAGCUGGUGUAACAUUGAAAGAAGCCAACGAUAUCCUGCAGCGCAGCAAGAAAGGUAAGCUGCCUAUAGUGAAUGACAGUGAUGAGCUGGUGGCCAUCAUAGCGAGGACAGACCUGAAGAAGAACAGAGACUACCCUCUAGCCUCUAAAGACUCCAGGAAGCAGCUGUUGUGUGGAGCUGCCAUUGGAACCAGAGAGGAGGACAAGUACAGACUGGACCUGCUGAUGCAGGCUGGUGUCGACAUGGUGGUGCUGGACUCCUCCCAGGGGAACUCUGUCUAUCAGAUCAACAUGAUCAACUACAUCAAACAGAAAUACCCUGAACUACAGGUGGUGGGAGGAAACGUGGUGACUGCAGCACAGGCUAAGAAUCUGAUAGAUGCGGGUGUGGAUGCUCUGAGGGUGGGGAUGGGCUGUGGCUCCAUCUGCAUCACCCAGGAAGUGAUGGCAUGUGGGCGUCCCCAGGGUACAUCAGUGUACAAGGUGGCAGAGUAUGCCAGGCGUUUCGGUGUGCCUGUCAUCGCAGACGGAGGCAUCCAGACCGUUGGACACGUGGUCAAAGCUCUCGCUCUCGGGGCAUCCACAGUGAUGAUGGGGUCAUUGCUCGCGGCUACCACGGAGGCCCCGGGGGAGUAUUUCUUCUCGGACGGUGUGCGACUAAAGAAGUAUCGCGGGAUGGGAUCCCUUGACGCCAUGGAGAAGAACAGCAGCAGCCAGAAACGCUACUUCAGUGAGGGGGACAAGGUGAAGGUGGCUCAGGGUGUGUCAGGGUCGGUCCAGGAUAAAGGCUCCAUCCAUAAAUUUGCCCCCUAUCUCAUUGCUGGCAUACAACAUGGCUGCCAAGACAUCGGAGCUAAGAGCCUCUGCAUACUGCGGUCCAUGAUGUACUCUGGGGAGCUGAAGUUUGAGAAGAGGACCAUGUCAGCUCAGGUUGAGGGGGGAGUACACGGGCUGCACUCGAGUUGCUACUUAAACCGGGGAUUGGCAGUCUUACCAUACGAGGUCCAUUGUGGGUGCAGGCUUUCGCUCCAGCCAAAGCAGUAACAGCAGAUGCAAUUAUGAGAAGCGGCUAUACUGAGGGUGGAGCGAGAAGAAGCACACGAGCAGCUCCCAGCGUACCCCCACCAGCAGCCACCAGGCACAACAGAUACAUGUGACCUACCUACAACCACUACUCAAUUCAACCAUCACAUAACCUUUUGGCUAUACAUAAGACCGCUGACUCCUCUCUUCUCCUCCCACCCACUAUCUCUAUCUUUCUCUGUGUUGUGUAAGAUGCUUUUGAGGGACCAUAAAGUCACCUCUGACUUGAUUGAUGUUAUGACAUAAUCUAUGGUCACAUGGCACAGAGCCAUCAGACUGUAUAAGGUAUGUAGCGCAUGUAGAACUGUGAAUACUGUGAACUACUUUACGUACCCUGGAACUCUUUAUACCAGUUUUGGUUGAUCAUGGUCCUAUGUCUCAGAUGUAUUUGAAUGUACAGUAGUGUCGAUGACCAUAUGGAAUAGCCUAGAGGUCUGUUAGUGUGGCUCUACUGUAGAGAGGACCAAAGCCACGGUAGGCGUUAGCCUUCAAUCAGGGAUAACCACAGCGCCUUAAGACUGCACAUGGAGUC